UUUCUUCAGUCUCUUCCAAGCAGUCGACUGCAUCAGUUCACGACGAUUGCAGCAGCGAGGAUAGCAUUGUGUUUAGUAUAAAUCGAUCGAUCGAUGCCAGGCAAAAGGCUAUAUACCGCCUGAUUAUGGAACUUCACAGUGUUGCGAUUGGGGAUGGAUUGCCAGCCGAUGCAGCCAAGCUAAAUGAUGCCAACAGGGCGCCAACGCCCACAGCCAAUCCUCCGGCGCCGCACGCUGAGAGAUCCAAGCCAAAACUGCUUUAUGCCAUUAACGAAAAUCCUGAGUGGUAUCUGAGCAUAUUUCUUGCCUUUCAACAUUAUCUUACGAUGAUCGGAGCGAUUGUGUCAAUACCAUUUAUACUAACACCGGCACUGUGCAUGUCCGAUGAGGAUCCCAAUCGUGGCAUUAUUAUAUCUACAAUGAUAUUUGUUACCGGCAUUGUUACCUACUUUCAAGCGACAUGGGGCGUGCGUUUGCCCAUAGUUCAGGGUGGAACUAUAUCUUUUCUGGUGCCCACUCUGGCCAUACUUGCGUUGCCUCAAUGGAAAUGCCCGCCCCAAGACAAGCUUGAUGCCAUGAAUGAGGCGGAACGCGAAGAGUUGUGGCAGAUACGGAUGCGCGAGCUGUCCGGAGCGAUCGCAGUUUCGGCGCUGGUACAGGUCAUAUUGGGUUAUACGGGACUUGUUGGCAAGAUCUUAAAGUAUGUGACGCCGCUCACCAUUGUGCCAACAGUUUCCUUGGUCGGCCUGACACUAUUCGAACACGCUGCGGAAACGGCCUCGAAACACUGGGGCAUUGCGGUGGGGACUACCGGAAUGCUGACACUUUUUUCGCAAAUCAUGUGCGAUGUUACGAUUCCAGUGCUUGCCUAUCGAAAGGGUCACGGCUUGGAGGUGCGUCAGUUCCAGCUCUUCCGUCUGUUCCCCGUGCUGUUGACCAUCAUUAUUAUGUGGGGCCUUUGCGGCAUUCUAACGGCCACAGACGUGUUUCCGCCUUCGCAUCCAUCACGCACAGAUGUGCGGAUUAAUGUGUUAACCAGUGCCAAGUGGUUCUAUGUGCCGUAUCCGGGCCAGUUCGGAUGGCCCUCAGUGACGUUGUCUGGAGUGCUGGGUAUGCUCGCAGGCGUGCUGGCCUGCACUGUGGAAUCUUUGAGCUAUUAUCCUACAGUUUCGCAAAUGGCAGGCGCCCAGUCGCCCCCCUUACAUGCCAUUAAUCGCGGCAUCGGUACCGAAGGCCUGGGCACGGUUCUGGCUGGCCUCUGGGGCGCUGGCAAUGGCACAAAUACUUUCGGCGAGAAUGUGGGUGCUAUAGGUGUGACAAAGAUAGGUUCUCGACGUGUUAUUCAAUGGGCCGCUUUUAUAAUGGUACUACAGGGCGUCAUUGGAAAGUUUGGCGCCAUAUUCAUUCUAAUCCCUGAUUCGGUGGUCGGAGGAAUAUUCUGUGUCAUGUUUGGCAUGAUCAUAGCGUUUGGCCUCUCUACACUGCAGUACGUCGACUUGCGUUCUGCAAGAAAUUUAUAUAUUCUUGGUCUGUCGAUAUUUUUCCCCAUGGUGCUGUGCCCCUGGAUGCAACAACAUCCGGGUGCCAUUAAUACGGGCAAUGAAACCGUCGACUCCACGUUAUCUGUGCUGUUGGGCACGACUAUUUUGGUGGGUGGCUUGCUGGGCUGCCUGCUGGAUAACAUUAUUCCCGGCACACCCGCCGAGCGUGGACUUAUCGAGUGGGCCAACGAGAUGCCGCUGGGCGACGACAACAUCAAUGAUGGCAGCGCCACGGAUUAUGAUUUUCCGUAUGGCAUGGAUGCCAUACGCAGCUGGAAAUGGACCUACUAUGUCCCAUUUAUGCCCACCUACAAGUUAAAGAAACAGAACUGAAGUGAUUUUUUUGUCGUUGAACGUUGAACCCGUAGAUUAAAAAAGAUUUAAUACUUGAUGAUUGUA